AUGGCCGGAGGAGGCGGUUACGGCGGCGCAUCUGGAAAAGUGGAUUACGUGUUCAAAGUAGUUCUGAUCGGCGAUUCAGCUGUUGGGAAAUCACAGCUACUCGCUCGAUUCGCAAGAGACGAGUUCAGCUUAGACUCCAAAGCCACCAUCGGCGUCGAGUUUCAAACUCGCACUCUCCUCAUUGAAGAGAAGAGCGUCAAGGCUCAGAUCUGGGAUACCGCAGGUCAAGAAAGAUACAGAGCGGUUACGAGCGCAUACUACAGAGGAGCAGUUGGUGCGAUGCUUGUUUACGAUAUAACCAAACGUGAGACCUUUGACCACAUCCCUCGUUGGCUUGAGGAGCUGAGAGCACAUGCUGAUAAGAACAUUGUGAUCAUCCUCAUUGGUAACAAGUCUGAUCUUGAAGAUCAGAGAGCUAUUCCCACUGAAGACGCUAAAGAGUUUGCUGAGAAGGAAGGUCUCUUCUUCCUCGAGACGUCUGCAUUGAAUGCUACCAAUGUGGAGAACUCCUUCAACACUCUGAUGACAGAGAUCUUCAACACGGUUAACAAGAAGAGUCUCUCGUCUGCGGGGAAUCAAGGUGGGUUGAAUAAUAACCAUGGUUCGUUGGCUGGUAAGAAGAUUGUCAUCCCAGGUCCUGGACAGGAGGUUACCGCUAAGACCAGUACGUGUUGUAGCUCUUCUUGA